AUGUCCUCUAGACCUAAGUUGAUAUCUAUUGAUGUGUUUGCAAAAACUGUGGAAGAUGCAAAGAUCAAAACUGCUUCCGGGGGAAUUAUUACUUUGGUGUGUAUUUUCAUAGUUAUGUUCUUAAUUCGUAAUGAAUACAAAGAUUAUACUCUGAUUAUUACCAGGCCAGAAUUGGUGGUUGAUCGUGAUAUCAAUACGAAAUUAGAUAUAAAUCUAGAUGUUUCUUUCCCUAACAUGCCAUGCGAUGUAUUAACUUUGGAUAUUCUUGACAUUAGUGGAGAUCUUCAGUUGGACAUUUUGAAAUCUGGUUUCCAAAAGUACAGAAUUCUCAAAGAAUCCAAUCACGAAAUUCUCGAUGAAGCACCGGUUUUAAGUAACGACUUAUCAUUGGAGGAAAUGGCCAAAGGGGUAGGUGCUAAUGGGAAAUGUGGUCCAUGUUAUGGAGCAUUACCCCAAGAUAACAAUGAGUACUGUUGUAAUAGCUGUGAAACUGUGAAAUUAGCUUACGCUGAAAAGAUGUGGGCAUUCUACGAUGGUAAGGAUAUUGAGCAAUGUGAAAAUGAAGGUUAUGUUUCCAGAUUGACCGAAAGAAUCAACAAUAAUGAAGGUUGUAGAGUUAAAGGUACCGCACAAAUCAACAGAAUAUCUGGUAAUUUACACUUUGCUCCAGGCUCUUCAUCGACUGCUCCAGGAAGGCAUAUUCAUGAUUUGUCUUUGUUCGAAAAGUAUGAAGACAAGUUUAAUUUUGACCACGUUAUAAACCAUUUUUCUUUUGGUUCUGAUCCGCACGAUAAUAACUUGCAACAAAGCACUCAUCCAUUAGAUAACCAUCAAUUGGUAUUUGAUGAAAAAUAUCAUGUUGCAUCUUAUUAUUUAAAGGUUGUUGCUACAAGGUUCGAAUUUAUAGAUACCUCCUUACCUUUGGAUACCAAUCAAUUCUCUGUGAUUUCCCAUCACAGACCUUUAAGAGGUGGUAAAGACGAAGACCACAAACAUACAUUACAUGCAAGAGGUGGAUUACCUGGUGUAUUUUUCCAUUUCGAAAUUUCUCCUAUGAAAAUUAUCAACAAGGAACAAUAUGCUAAGACAUGGUCUGGGUUUAUCUUAGGUGUGAUCAGUUCAGUUGCCGGGGUUUUGAUGGUGGGUACUGUAUUAGAUAGAUCGGUUUGGGCUGCAGAAAAGGCAAUCAAAGGUAAGAAAGAUAUGUAA